GGUUAUUUAACUGGACAUCUGAGAUGAACUUUAAAAACAUUCGCUUGGGCUGGGACUUUAAACCUGAGCCAGCAGAGGUGCUGAACAUUAGCUACUCACCUUGCAAAGAAGCAACAUCUCAUACUACAAGCAAACAUGAAUGGGGAAACCAGCAAAAUAAAAGGAGGCCACACUUAUUCGGUAAAUGGCAUAGAAAACACCAAGGACAACAGAAUUUCUUUGAUUUUUUCUCUCAAAGAAGAAGUUGGAGCUUUAGCCAAAGUCCUGCGCAUAUUUGAGGAAAAAGAUAUCAGUUUGACUCACAUAGAGUCCAGGCCUUCCCGUCUCAAUAAAGACGAAUACCAAUUUUUUAUUAACUUGGAUGACAAGAGCACCCCUGCUUUGGAUGACAUUAUUAGAUGCCUAAGGCAUGAUAUUGGAGCAACUGUACAUGCACUUUCCAAAAACAAGAGGAAGGAUGCUGUUCCAUGGUUUCCACGCACCAUACAAGAUCUUGAUACAUUUGCCAAUCAGAUUCUGAGCUAUGGAGCAGAACUUGAUUCUGAUCAUCCCGGCUUCACUGAUCCAGUUUACCGCGCCCGCCGUAAAGAAUUUGCUGAUAUUGCUUAUAACUAUAAACAUGGCCAGCCAAUCCCACAUGUGACCUACACAGAGAAGGAAAAGAAAACAUGGGGCACUGUGUUCCAAGAGCUGAAGACUCUGUAUCCCACUCAUGCUUGCUAUGAACAUAAUCAUGUGUUUCCACUGCUGGAAGAUUACUGUGGAUACAAUGAAAAUAAUAUUCCACAGCUUGAUGAUGUCUCAAAAUUUCUGCAAAAAUGUACUGGAUUCAGUUUACGCCCUGUUGCUGGCUUACUGUCCUCACGUGAUUUCUUGGCUGGGUUAGCUUUCCGUGUUUUCCACUCUACCCAGUAUAUUAGGCACUGGUCUAAACCAAUGUAUACCCCUGAACCUGAUAUUUGCCAUGAGCUUCUUGGACAUGCACCUUUGUUUGCUGACCCGGGUUUCGCUCAGUUUUCACAAGAAAUUGGAUUGGCUUCACUGGGAGCUCCUGAUGAGUACAUUGAGAUGCUUGCUACGGUAUACUGGUUCACAAUAGAAUUUGGUAUAUGCAAGCAAGAUGGCAAGUUAAAAGCCUAUGGUGCUGGCCUUCUCUCAUCAUUCGGAGAACUGCAGUACUGUCUCACAGACAAACCAGAGUUCAAACCUUUUGAGCCUGAAAAGACAGCACUGCAGAAGUACCCAAUUACUGAAUUCCAGCCAAUAUACUUCAUUGCCGAAUCUUUUGAAGAAGCAAAAGAAAGAGUAAGGAAAUUUGCAACUACAAUCCCUCGACCUUUCUCUGUUCGAUAUAAUCCAUACACCCAAAGCAUUGAGGUUCUGGACAAUAUCCAACAACUGAAGAAUCUUGCAGAGAGCAUUAACAGUGAAAUUGGGAUUCUCUGCAGUGCCCUUAAAAAGCUGGAAUAGACCAGAUCAGAUACUAUGCCCGCAAUUGUGCUCCUUCACACAGUAAUAAAUCCUUUUAUUUCAGAAAUGAAGAACGAUUAAAUGUAUACAUUGUGUCUUUAAAUGUGCAACCAAAAAUGUUACAUUAAGGGAAAAUAUAAUUGUAAUUUCCCUAGAACCAGUUCAUGAUCUUCAAACUCAUGCAGAAUGUAGGUUAUUCCUAGUCUGACUAUGAAGCAAAGGUUUAUAGAAUGCUAGCCUUCAAGCCAUCUUUCUUUUAACUAAAGACUAAGGGGUAUUUUUAUCAAAGAGUGAAGUUAGAGAUAACCACAGUCCUCUAGAGUGAAAUUCCGCCACUCUCCAUUCAUUUCUAUGGGAUUUUGAAAGGCGUAUUUAUCAAAGGAUAAACUUUCACUUUCACCCAUUGUUAAGUACUCUUUUAAAAAUCCGAUAGAAAUUAAUGGAGAGUGGCGGAAUUUCAGAUCAGGGCUAUAAAUAUUUUAUAUACUUAAUAACUACACCAUCCCAGCCCUAUAACAGUAAUAAGUUGUCAAAAGCAGCUUUGAUCUUGUUAGACAAUCAUCUUUGUGCCUUUGGCUCUGCACAUGCUUCUUGGCUGCCUUUAAAAACCCAAGCAUAUUAUCCUUAAAAAGAUAUGGGGUAAUUUUGGGCAGUUACAAAAGAGUAUUUGUUCUCUUUAAAAUAUAAAUGUAAAAUAUUUUGACAAGCCCUACACUCUAUGAUGCAAAAAUACAAAUACCCUUAUAUGUAUAUAUGUAUGAAAAAUGUUAAAUAUUUUAACACAAGGCACACUAUCACAUAAAUUGUUGAAAUAUAAUGGGAUCAAUAAUAUUAUGUAAAAAAUUUUAUCUAUGUUAAGGGGCCAAAUUAUGAAGCUUCCAUAUUUUCUGGUCAAGUUUUUAGGGGGAAAACUCGAAUUUUUAGAGGAAAAAAACCCACAAAUUUUUAGAGAUUUAUU